AUGGCCGUCAUCAACAGCAUCCACAAGUUCAACCCAACCACCCCAAGCACGACCUUGCCCCCAAACCAAACUUAUCCCCACCACUCUCCCUCCCCUCGCCGAACCCCCGCGCUCUCCACCCCCGCGCCCUUGACCGCCCCAUCCGCCAUCACCACCGCCCUCUCCUCCGCACCGAACCCAGCCCACCGCUUCACCGCCCACCCGACUUCCUGCAGCAAGAACCCGCUCCCCAGCACCAGCAGGAAAACGUGGCCCGAGAUAUCGUGGCCCCCGCCCACCGGCCCCCGCCGCCUUACACGCCACCGCCGUGAAAAACUCACCCGCAUCCGCCCGCCCUUCCUCCACUUUGCCCUCGACCACCUCGCACGCCCCGCCCGUCAACCGGAACCCCGGUCGAUGAGCGCCGGCCCAAAGAACCACUGCGUGACCAGGAUCCACCAGAGCGUCGUCACGCCGUACCGCGCAAACGCCUGCGCCCGCCGGCUGCCCGCCCCGAGCGCCGGCAUAGGUGGGUUUCGGGAGCCGGGCGCCCGGCGCGCCAAGUCUUGA